AUGGGAGAUUCAAAGACAAUCGAUUUGAAAAACACUGAAAUUUCAACUGAAACUGUUGAAAAAGAUAAGAAAUUUGUUUAUAAAGCUGAAGAAAGAAGAUUGAGAUUUGGCAAGAAGAGUUGGACGGAUUUAUUGAUCAUCUUAUGUUCAGGUUUCGCUUUGAUUUCUGAUGGUUAUCAAAAUAAUGUUUUAUCAAUGACUAAUCAAGUUUUAACCCAAGAGUUCCCAAAAAACUACACAGCUGAUAUGAAAACUAACGUUUCAAAUGCUGCUUUGAUCACCACUAUUUUUGGUCAAGUAGCUAUCGGUAUUUCUGCUGAUUAUAUCGGAAGAAAGAAUUGUAUUAUCAUUGCCACCAUUUUCUUGAUUGUUGGUACCUGUAUGUGUGCUGCUUCUCAUGGAAAAACCAUUGAUGGUUUAUUAUGGAUGUUAAUUGUCUCAAGAGGUGUUACCGGUUUUGGAAUUGGUGCUGAGUACCCCUCAUGUUCUGUCUCCGCUAAUGAAGCUGCCAAUAAUCUCAAAAGAAGAGGAACUACCUUCGUGUUAGUCACAAACUUGCCAUUAUCUUUAGGAGGUCCUUUUGCUUUAAUUAUUUUCUUAAUCGUUUAUCAAAUCACAAAGAGUUAUGAAGGAAUUUGGAGAACUAUGUUUGCUAUUGGUGCUUUCUGGCCCUUGUCAGUCUUCUACUUCAGAAUGAAAAUGGCUACUUCUGACUUAUAUAGAAAGUCAGCUAUUCAACAUCAAGUGAUUCCUUAUUGGUUAGCUGUCAAAUAUUAUUGGCCAAGAUUAAUUGGAACUUGUGUUACCUGGUUCUUAUAUGAUUUCGUUACUUUCCCUAACGGUAUCUUCUCAGCUGGUAUUAUUUCCAAUGUAUUAAGUGAAAAAGAUGCCACCAACUUAGAAAAAAUCGCUGAAUGGAAUUUAUUAUUGGGUGCUUUGGCUAUCCCAGGUUGUUUUAUUGGUGCCUUCUUAUGUGAAAAAAUCGGAAGAAAAUAUACUUUAAUGACUGGUUUUGGUGGUUAUCUUGUCUUCGGUUUGAUUGUUGGUUGUGGUUAUGAUAAGAUCAAAGGUAUCACUGCUUUGUUCAUUGUAUUCUAUGGAUUGAUGCAAUCUUCUGGUAACUUGGGUCCUGGUGAUAUGUUAGGUUUGAUUUCUUCUGAAUCUUUCGCUACCCCAGUCAGAGGUACUUUCUACGGUUUCUCCGCUGCCAUUGGAAAAGUUGGUGCCGUUGUUGGUACUAAAACUUUUACUCCAAUUCAAAACAACCUUGGUAAAAAAUGGACUUUCAUUAUUGCUGCUAUCUGUGGUAUCGUUGGUGUUGUAGUUGCUUUCUUCUUCGUUCCACAUUUACAAGAUGAAGAUUUAUUAGAAGAAGAUAUCAAAUUCAAAAACUACUUGAUUGAAAACGGUUGGACCGGUCAUUUCGGUAACGGUGAAGCCGUUGAACAAGAUUAUGCUUCUGAUGAAGAUUCAGUUGAAAAAAUCAAUGUUUAG